AUGCGUAUUUUUUUUUUUGUUGGUGAUGUUUCAAUUUUUACAACCAUAACAAUUUCUUUCUUAGAAUUCAAUAUAGACAACAACACCUUCCCCUCUCCUCGGAUAAACAAUAUAUCUACAAUGAAUAUAUUAGACGAUUUAGAUGAUGAACUUGAUGAACUAGAAACAACUACUAAACCAAAAGUUAAAAUACUAAAUAAAAAGAAAGAACAUAAACCUAUAGUAGAUGAUGAUCUUGAUCUUGAUCUUGAUGAUGAUGACUUUAAUCUACCCAAAAUAAAACCUCCAACUAAAUUCAAAAAGAUGAAAAGAGAAGAUGCACUUCGAAUUAAGAAGGAAACUCCGUCGUCGUUGUCACCAUCGUCAUCAGUACCAUCCAAGCCACAAGGUGUCUCUUCUAACUUGCCAUUUCGACCGGCAACACCACCAGUUUCUGAACCAUCGACAUAUGAAGAAGAAGAUCUAGGCGACAUAAAUUUAGACAACUUUUCCAACAUUGAAGCUGAUAGAGAAUGGUAUAACAUAGAUGAAGAAAGUGCACUUGCUAGAGACAAUGAGAUUGAUGAAGAUCUACCACAACGACAACGUAAGAGAAUUCGCAAUACUAGACAUCCUAAAAGAACACCCAAGACAUCAUUCAAUGAAAGUGGGGCAACAUUCAAUGAAUUUGGUGAAUAUAUCGAUUAUGAUCAUCAACAAUCUUUGAAUGAAUUAAAUCGAAUACCUAUAACUAGUCAUGUUUUCAUCCCACCAUUUCUUGAAAAUCUGAAACAAUAUUUACAAUUACAAAUUUCUGGAUCAAGUAUACGAGGGAUUGGACCUACAGUGAACCCAGUAAAAGAUCCUACGUCUGAAUUAGCAUCAAUGGCAAAGCAAGGAUCAUUUGUGGUACAGAAUAGACGUUCAAAACGUGAAAGGGCGCUACAAGCCAAAGAAGCAGCUGGCGUGGAAAAUAGCAACAUUGGAUCUAUUAUUGAUACAGCCAAUACCACCGAGGAAAUUAAACAAGAAGAGAAAAAUGCUGAUGUAAACGAAACAAAACACCAGGAUAUACAACAGCAAAGACAACUGUUACCAGCUUUUGCUGUCAGAAAUGAUUUGUUGACCACCAUAAGAGAUAAUCAAGUAACUAUAGUUAUUGGUGAAACUGGGUCUGGGAAAACAACUCAAUUAACACAAUUUUUAUAUGAAGAUGGGUUUGGGGCUAAUAUUGAUAAGAACGGCGAGAAGAGAAUUAUUGCGUGUACCCAGCCUAGAAGAGUAGCUGCCAUGUCAGUUGCUAAAAGAGUCAGUGAGGAAAUGAAUUGUAAAUUAGGUGAAGAAGUUGGGUAUUCCAUUAGAUUUGAGGAUAAAACUGACAACAAAAAGACUGUUAUCAAAUACAUGACGGAAGGUAUUUUACUACGAGAAAUCUUGGCUGAUCCCAUGUUGGCUAAUUAUAGUUGUAUUAUAAUGGACGAAGCACAUGAAAGAUCAUUAAAUACUGAUAUUCUUUUAGGAUUAUUCAAAAACUUGUUAGCCAAGAGAAAAGAUUUGAAAUUAAUUAUCACCAGUGCUACGAUGAAUGCAAAUAGAUUUACGAAAUUUUUUGGUGUUGCUCCACAAUUUCAUAUACCUGGAAGAACUUUCCCAGUUGAAGUUUUUUUCAACCGAGACGUGAAUAUGGAUUAUGUUGAAAUGGCUGUUAAACAGGUUUUAACUAUUCAUUUAGGUAGAUGGAAUGCCGAUAAUAAUAAUGCCAAUGAUGGUGAUAUUCUUGUGUUUAUGACUGGUCAAGAAGAUAUUGAGAUUACUUGUGAUUUAAUUAAAGAAAAAUUGAAUUUACUUGAAGAUCCACCUCCAUUAGAUAUUUUCCCAAUUUAUUCUACAAUGCCACAGGAUUUACAAAAGAAAAUAUUUAACAAAACGAACUUGCAACGAAGAAAAGUGGUGGUGGCAACAAAUAUUGCUGAAACUUCAUUGACGGUUGAUGGAAUCAAAUAUGUUAUUGAUUGUGGACUUGUUAAAGUUAAAGUUUAUAACCCGAAACUAGGUAUGGAUACAUUACAAGUGGUUCCCAUCUCGUUGGCAAAUGCUGAUCAACGUAGUGGUCGUGCAGGUAGAACUGGUGCAGGUAUUGCUUAUCGAUUAUAUACUGAAAAAGCCACUGAACCCGACAGUAUGUAUGUACAACCGAUCCCUGAAAUCCAACGAAGUAAUUUAAGUAAUAUUAUGUUAUUAUUAAAAUCUUUGAAAGUUAAUGAUAUCAAUAGUUUCCCAUUUUUAGACCCACCACCCAAAGAUCUUUUAAAUUGUUCAUUAUAUGAUUUAUGGGCUAUUGGAGCAUUAGAUAAUCUUGGUGAAUUGACAAAAUUAGGACAUUCAAUGACACAAUUCCCCAUCGAGCCAACAUUGGCAAAAUUGAUUUUAUUAUCCACACAACCUGAAUUCCAUUGUUCUGAAGAAGUGGUGACUAUUGUAGCUAUGUUAUCGGUGCCAAAUAUAUUUAAUCGACCCAAAGAAAGAGCUAAUGAAGCAGAUAUGGCAAGAGAGAAAUUUAUUAUAUCCGAAUCGGAUCAUUUAACUUUAUUGAAUGUUUUCAAUCAAUGGAAUAUCAAUUUAAAUAAAUUUAAAGGUAAUUAUACCAAGAUUAAUAAUUGGUGUGAUAAGAAUUUUUUACAAUUAAAAUCAUUAUAUCGAGCUAAAGAUAUUAAACAUCAAUUAAUGUUAAUUAUGAAAAAGAAUAAAUUGGCAAUUUUGAAAUCGAAAACCGAUGAUGAUAUACGUAAAUGUCUUUGUGCUUCAUUUUAUCAGCAACUGGCAAAAUUAACCAAAAUGAAUUUAAAUGGACAACCAGAGUUUGUUAACUUACGUCAUUCAUAUAUGAAAAUGUUUUUACACCCAACUAGUAGUUUAUUGGAUAGUAAUUUGAGUACGAAUUAUGUCAUUUAUCAUGAAUUAGUGUUGACGAAAAAAGAGUAUAUGAACUGUGUAACUACAGUUGAUCCAAUUUGGUUAUUAGAAUAUGGUUAUAAAUUUUUUGGGGUUGCUGAUUCCCAUCGUAAUAAAAUCGAUUCAGAAGCAAUUUUAAAUAAACAAAAAUUUGAAAAGCAAUUAUUAAAAGAUAAAGAGAUUUAUGAGGAUAUUAUUAAACAACAAUCGAAAAGAAGAUCAAAUGAAAUAUCUACCAGUAACAGAGUUAGUUCCUUAUUCAAGAAGCAAAGAGGAAUUUAA